AUGGCGGCGGUGGUCGCGGUCUCCUUGAAACGCUGGUUCCCGGCCACAACCCUUGGCGGAGCCUGCCUGCAGGCCUGCCGUGGGGCCCAGACAGCUGCAGCCACAGCUCCCCGAAUCAAGAAAUUUGCCAUCUAUCGAUGGGACCCAGACAAGACUGGAGAUAAACCUCAUAUGCAAACUUAUGAAAUUGAUUUGAAUAACUGUGGUCCUAUGGUGUUGGAUGCGUUAAUCAAGAUUAAGAAUGAAAUUGAUUCUACCUUGACCUUCCGAAGAUCGUGUAGAGAAGGCAUCUGCGGCUCCUGCGCCAUGAACAUCAACGGAGGCAACACUCUGGCUUGCACCCGAAGAAUUGACACCAACCUCAACAAAGUUUCAAAAAUCUACCCUCUUCCACAUAUGUAUGUGAUAAAGGAUCUUGUUCCUGAUUUGAGCAAUUUCUAUGCUCAGUACAAAUCCAUCGAGCCUUAUCUAAAGAAGAAGGAUGAAUCCCAGGAAGGCAAGCAGCAGUACCUGCAGUCCAUAGAGGAGCGCGAGAAACUGGAUGGGCUGUACGAGUGUAUUCUUUGCGCCUGCUGCAGCACCAGCUGCCCGAGCUACUGGUGGAAUGGAGACAAGUACCUGGGACCCGCAGUCCUCAUGCAGGCCUAUCGCUGGAUGAUCGACUCCAGAGAUGACUUCACGGAGGAGCGCCUGGCCAAGCUGCAGGACCCGUUCUCUCUGUACCGCUGCCACACCAUCAUGAACUGCACGGGGACCUGUCCCAAGGGGCUGAAUCCAGGGAAAGCUAUUGCUGAAAUCAAGAAAAUGAUGGCAACCUACAAGGAGAAGAAAGCUUCAGCCUGA